AUGGAAAGUGCCAACCAGACAGGGUCUGUGUCAGAGUUUGUUCUCCUGGGCCUGUCAGCCCACCCCAAACUGGAGAAAACAUUCUUUGUGCUCAUCCUGCUGAUGUACCUGGUGAUCCUGCUGGGCAAUGGCAUCCUCAUCUUGGUGACCAUCCUUGACUCCCACCUGCACACACCCAUGUACUUCUUCCUGGGGAACCUCUCCUUCCUGGACAUCUGCUACACGACCUCCUCAGUCCCCCUCAUUCUUGACAGCUUCCUUACCCCCAGGAAGACCAUCUCCUUCUCUGCAUGUGCUGUGCAGAUGUUUCUCUCCUUUGCCAUGGGAGCCACAGAGUGUGUGCUCCUGAGCAUGAUGGCCUUUGAUCGCUAUGUGGCCAUCUGCAACCCCCUUAGGUACCCUGUGGUCAUGAGCAAGGCUGUCUAUGUGCCCAUGGCUGUCAUAUCCUGGGCAGCAGGGAGUGCUGCCUCCAUGGUUCAAACAUCCCUUGCAAUGAGGUUGCCUUUCUGUGGGGACAAUGUCAUCAACCACUUCACCUGUGAGAUCCUGGCUGUCCUGAAGUUGGCCUGUGCUGACAUCUCCAUCAAUGUGAUCAGCAUGGGGGUGACUAAUGUGAUCUUCCUGGGGGUCCCAGUCCUGUUCAUCUCUUUCUCCUAUGUGUUCAUCCUUGCCACCAUCCUGAGGAUCCCCUCUGCUGAGGGGAGGAAAAAGACCUUCUCCACCUGCUCUGCCCACCUCACAGUUGUGGUUGUCUUCUAUGGGACCAUCCUCUUCAUGUAUGGGAAGCCCAAGUCCAAGGACCCCCUGGGAGCUGACAAACAGGACCUGGCCGACAAGCUCAUCUCCCUGUUCUAUGGAGUGGUGACCCCCAUGCUGAACCCCAUCAUCUACAGCCUGAGGAACAAGGAUGUGAAGGUUGCUGUGAGGAACCUGGUAAUAUUUCAGAAGCAUUUCACCCAGUGA